AUGGAUCAUGUCAGCAGUCUACCAGAAGGUGUUCUUUGCAAUAUAUUUUCUUUCCUAACCACAAAAGAAGCUGCUUUGACUUCGAUUCUCUGCAAGAGAUGGCGCAAUCUCCUCGCGUUUGUCCCUAAUCUCGUUAUUGAUGACUCUGUCUUUCUCCAUCCCGAAGAGGGUAAGGAGGAAAGGUACGAAAUUCAGCAGAGCUUCAUGGAGUUUGUUGAUAGAGUAUUGGCAUUGCAGGGUAAUUCUCCCAUUAAGAAAUUCUCCCUCAAGUUUAGAACUGACUUUGCUUCACACCGAGUGAAUGCUUGGAUAAGUAACGUGUUGGCUCGUGGUGUUUCCGAACUUGAUGUGCUUGUCAUUUUGUAUGGAGCAGAAUUCCUUCCGCUGUCUCCAAAAUGUUUCAAGAGCAGGAAUCUUGUAACUCUGAAAAUAAACAGUCUUGGUAUUGAUUGGUUGGCUGGGGACAUAUUCUUACCAAUGCUUAAAACUCUCGUUCUACACUCGGUUAAGUUAUGUGUUGAUAAGUUUUUUUUUCGUGCUUUGCCUGCGCUCGAGGAAUUAGUCUUGUUUGCUGUUAGCUGGAGAGAUAGGGAUGUCACUGUGUCAAAUGCGAGCAUCAAGACCCUAACAAUAAAGUUCAACUAUUAUUUAGGCACUCUUUCGCUUGAUACACCUAGUCUUGUUUCCUUCUGUUUCUCUGACCAUGUUGCUAAAGACUACCCUCUAGCUAAAAUGGAAAAAUUAUCUGAGGCUAGGAUCAGCCUUUUGGUAACUGAAUAUCAGAUCGAGCGAGCAAGAGCGCCAAAUAUCUAUUGGGUUGAGGAUGAUGUUGUUCUCCGAUUAGUUAAUGUGGGGAAGCUCAUGAAAGGCAUACGGAAUGUUCAGUAUCUCAACUUGUCUCCUAAUACUCUCGAGGUACUUUCUAAGUGUUGUGAAUCGAUGCCACUGUUCAACAACCUUAAAUCGUUAACUAUUGAGAGUAACGAGAGGCGAGGAUGGCAAGCAAUGCCAGUUCUUCUAAGGAACUGUCCACAUCUAGAAACUCUAGUCCUUGAGGGUCUCUUGCACCAUGUCACAGAGAAAUGCAGGAAUGCUUGUGACUGCGUUUCCCAAGAAGAAAAAGGUCGUUCACUCACAUCUUGUCAAGUAAAAGUGUUAGAGAUUAAAGGGUUUCAAGGAACAACCAAAGAGAUGCACACGAUAAAACAUUUCUUGGAACAUUUUCCGUGUUUGAGAGAGAUAAAAAUCCAUAUGGAAGAGAAUGGUCCUACACAGCUCAGAGUCCCUGAAGUGUCUCAAUAUAUCGCGGAGAUGAUGGAACACUACGAAAAAUCAUCCAGUUGCAAUGUCCAGCUCCUAGUGGGUGGUUACUUGUGUAAGAAGUGGACUACACAAUGA